AUGCCGACGACUGGUAUGACAAUCACCGCAGUCACGCGGGCCAUCGUCCCAUGGUUCGACGGCAUCCAUCUCGCAUCAUCACUUGCCGUCCAGCAAACACCACUUGAUCUCGUCUUCCUCAUCUCCCGCAGACUCACCGUGGCUUCGUACGACUCCUCCCACGCGGAGGAACCGGAGUAUCUACCGUACCCAGCAACCAAGCUCAUCGUCGCCCAGUACUGGCACUGCUCGCAAGACCCUCCGUUCUGGGGCUACCUCAUCGUCGGUACCUUUUACGAUCGCCACAACAACGUCGUCUGGAGCACCGAGAUCUUUGCCUUCCAGCCCGACACCCGCCACAGCCGGGACGCUCACUUGGACGCAUCGUCCGAGUUGGGGGUUGCAUCAGCCGAACCAACCAUCGACAGAGACCUAGCAGAUCGAUUUGCUCACAGUCUCAACCUCGGCCAAAGCAACAGCAGUAUUACAAGCGCAGCAUACGGCCUAUCACGCCCUUCACACUAUCUCGACGCCACGCAACUCUGGGAUCCGUCGCUCAUAGGUCCCGCCCCCGGCCACUGGGUCACGCAAUACGAUCACCGAAUCGGCAACUGGGUGAACACCUGGCAACCAGACCGGCCGUCUUACCCCUGA